GGAGAUUAACGGCUUUUUCUUUUGGAGCAAGAGAACAGGGACACUCGGACAAAACGGCCAGUAGCGCCUCGCCUUCAACGCCCUUGUUUUGUCCCGCAAGCAAUCAGCAGAGACAUGGCAGCGGCCGAAGCAGCAGCCGACAUGCUCAGUUCGCAGGACACGCGCCGGAAUCGAGCGGUACGGGAUUCGGGCGAGUCCUCUGCGGAUGAGCAAACUGCAAUCUACAGGAACACAGCGAUCCGCUAUGGCACGACAACGGGCGCGGCGGCAAGUAGUGAGGAUGCUCAGGAGAAUAGCAGAAACCACACUGGCGGGCCAGACUCUCACACGAUGAACAAUGGCUCAGUCAGGUCACGAGCUCGUCGUUCAGAUGGUGCUGCGGGCGGUUCAGCACAAUUACAGGACCCGAGCGUUGGAGCAGCUCAGCAGGCUGGCGAGAGCUGGUGGAAGACGUUGGUUGAUAAGUACGGUAGUGUCGAGCUCGAAAACAAAGGCAGUGUUGCUCGAGAUCACCUCGCUCUAGAACGCACUUUCCUGGCCUGGUUGAGAACUUCUCUAUCGUUUGCGUCUAUCGGUAUUGCUGUCGCGCAACUCUUUCGACUCAACACUGCCAUUCAACCUGGAUCCGACGUCAACGGGACGACUACGAGGUUGAGAUCUGUGGGGAAACCGCUCGGUGCAACGUUCUUGGGCAUUUCCAUUCUGAUUCUCCUACUGGGCUUCCAUCGCUACUUCGAAAGCCAGCACUACGUGAUUCGCGGCAAGUUUCCUGCUUCGCGAGGAACGAUCAUCAUAGUGUCCGCCGUCGCUACAGCCCUGAUAGUAGCAAGUCUGGUCGUCGUGUUAGCCAUUGCACCCAAGGCAUUCGAGACGUGAGACAGACGUCUACUACGGGCAAUGAUGGCUUUACAGACAGUAUCAGCGCCAACCCCAUGCCUCACAUCGUCGGGCUCAACGGCAAGCUCAUUCACAUCCCCUCGAACACCUGAUGAUCGUUUUGAGGUCUAUGGCACUCCUCCUGACAAGUCAAUCAUGGAGCGAAUCAACACCAUUGCAGACUUCAUCACCGUUCAAGAGCAAUGUGCCGCCGAACUACAUACUCGCCUCGCCCAGCUGACUCAACGAGUUACCGAACUUGCUUGCAAGCUUCAGGACGUAAACUCAGCUCCAAACACGUACGCUCUGCCUAGAUCAUUGGCAAACGCGAGCGUUCUCUACGCACCUCAAUUCGGCGUCCCCACGACAAAAACGA